GCAUUUCGAUUGAUUACUCUACUUUUUUUUUCUUGUUUGAAUGAGUACAAAAAAAACACAAAACUAACAAAUUUUUUUUUUUAAUUUACAGUGUAUUUGGAAGACUCAAAACCUAGGAGUGUGGGUAGUAAUAAAAGGAGUCUAACAAAAGUUUAAGUUAUCAUUUUAAAAUUCACAUAAAUGAUGGAGAAUGGAUACACACCCAGUUAAAUUUCUAAAUAUGACAAUGAUUUAGGAUAUGAUAAUGAAAACAAAAGAGGUUAAACACAAAAGCAUAAACACAAGAUAGACAAUGAAAGCAUAGGGGGUAAUGUCAAAAACACAAGAGCUUAAACAUAAGCAUAAAAUAAUAGUCUUAGAAAACAAGUCUGACAAGGAAGAGCUCGAUAAAACAGUCUUGAGGCAAAAGAUAGAAGAGAUUUUACAACCAAGAUAAAACAAAAGUAAAGACCUCCCUCCACAGCUCAGACUAACUUCCUCAAUUUAACCUGUAAAAUUGUGAAAAUCAAACAUUCUGUUUCUGUAAGAAUAGGUACUAGUUGUGUAUAACGGCAAUUCACAAACUGAAUCUUAUAAUAAAAACUUACACUUGAUCUCUGAGCAGGUAGAGAGACAUGCGUUUCCUUUUGUGAAGACGAGACAUGCGUUUCAAGAGGAUGCUUGACUUGCACUAAGCUUGGACGAUAAGAGCAAACAAGUGGGGGACGAGCAGCUUUACUGUGUUGGUGUUCGAGUAUGAGAGCUUCUCCGAGGUUGACGGAGGAUCAAGUAGCCGUCUUGUCCAAACACAAAAGCCAUGUGAGAAGUCUUGGUUCUGUUUAGUUCAAACAGUUCAAACAAGACAGCAACUUUGUUUUCCUUAUCGACAAAGAAGCUCCCACCAGAAUGUGAGGAAUAGAGCUUAAAACCGUAGCUACGGAAGGGCCCCGGUUGCUUUGGCAAAUUUGGAAAGCCGAAGGUCCUUUAGUGGAGUCUGGAGUGAGGUCCCCUGCUCAUGCGGGAUUGCUGGCGAUAUCUUGGGCCACUACAGCUGUGAAGGACCACAAACUGAGGAAUGUUCGGUUUUUAAUUUUCAUCCGCUGAGGCUGCAGGUGCACUGAGUAACCCGCUGGAGUAUCCUUCUAUUUAUUAUGGGGCGCUAGGGAGCGUCUAUUCUCUUUCUAAGAGCUCCAUGGUUUUGGUUCAUCGAACUUGCAACACUGGCUGCUUCUGCAAUCGCAGAUAGUGUCGUAAGUGGCCAGCGGUCCCAUUCUUAUGUGGCAUCUGGUGGGCCUCGGUGGUUGGCGAUGUUGCUUGACAAGGAAGCAAUUUCCUCUUGAUUUCUUACAACGAUAUUGCACUCGGAGAAUUCCCUUCUUGUGUUAGAAGGAUACUUUAUCUCUCAUUCUCUCAAUCUUUUUGAGUUUUCUUACUAUGGGACCUACUGGUUUCCAAUUUGUUAAAAAUAUAUAUAUAAACAUUGACAGGUGAUCAGAGUCUCUUUAGAAACAGCUGCUAAUGUGAUCACAUCGCUCCCCAAGGUAUUUGCAAUAAGCUUCUUCAGUAGUUCCACGAUACCAUAUAUAUAUCGUGUAGCUGUGGAACUACUGCCAUAUUCUUGGUUCAGAGAAACCACUGUUUCACUGAACUCAUUAAUCAGCCGACAUAACUAGUUACCUUUGUGUCUUCCUAUCUUCAAUAUAUGGAACCAAAACAAGUCGCUUGUAAUCUUUAGAGAACCAGUACUUUUGCGUCUCUGUCUUAGAUCUUUCAACGAGCAUAAACAAUAGUACAUGUGAAUCAGUAAGAGUUUGGUCCAUAAAAGAGUAUUAAGCUUUGAUACUAAAGGGGAUUGUUCCAUCUUACAGAUGCUAAGCAUAGAAAUAGGAAGAAGAGUAAUCAAUACUACUCAAAUCAGUCCUGAAUCCAGAGCUAAUGUUAGUUUAGGAAAUUUGUUUCCCUUGUACACUUGUCACUUGUAAACCAAUUAGCUUAACCAGGAUGAAAUAAAUAAUCUGAUAGAACCGGAGGGAGAUAGUAAACCGAACCAAGGUCGGUUAAAUAAAACAAAAACAGUUAAUGGGUCCCAGUGUAACUCCACUUUGAUUGCAAAAGCCGAAAGGCAUGGAUAUAUUGGAAUAGUGGCCACCAAUAAAUAUAGACAUUUGGGAAAUCUGGAGUCAUGCAUGCCAACUAUAACUUGUUAAUUAUCGCACAAUGCGUGGAGUAUAUAUCUACCAUUUGAAAAAUUAUAUAAAUCUCUAAAGCUAAGAAUAAAACUUUAUAAUCCAUAAAAAGACUAAAGUAUGUGUUUAGUUAUAGUAAUAUUAUUGCAUUAUACGCAUUUUUCUUAAAGUGACUAUCUUUAAAUGUUAUUCAUUAAAAUAUACUACCUCCGUUCCCGAAAGUAAGAUGUUUUAGAUUUUUUUUUUGUUCCACAAAAAUAGAUUUUCUAUAUUGUUAAGGUACUUUUUUAUACUUUUGAUGAACAUUAAUUGAGAAUAUUUGAAUUGAUUAAAUUUCAUUUGUGGAAAGUUAUUGGAAAUUGUAUAAUAAAAUAAAAAAUAAAUUAAAUUAUAGACAUUUAUUAAAUUCUUAAUAAGCGUGCAUAUUUUAGAAAAUCUUAGUUUCAGGAACAGAGGGAGUAUGUUUAAUAAUGAAUAUGAUAUUGUAAUUGGUCAACUAGGGUCUUUAGCUUAUUUCCCUAAAGUUAGCUAGACCUAAUCUAUUUUGUAUAAAUACUUUGCGAGACACAUGAAUAAACUCAGACGUCUAAUCAGUGAUACUUAUGUAAUAUUUUUUGUUAAAUAAUCAACUAUGUUUUUUUGCUUAAACUAUAUUCAACUAUGCUAAUUUACCUUAAUAUAAUUAUAUAAACUAUAGUUUUCGGAACUUUCAAGAAAAAUGUAUUUAUGUUUUAGAUGGUACAUGAUUAGGUUUCAGAUGUUAAAAACAUCAUAGUACUACUUUUUUCUUAAUUAAUACGGUAUUAGUUAAUACGUUCUUCGACAUUUAUAACAAGAUCUUUUAAGCUUAGACCAUUCUCGUUUUUUUCUAAGAUUAUUGUAUUCGUAACGCUCAACGCAAAACAACACUUCGGCCACCCGUUACUGUCCCACCCAAGGCCAUAAUGAAUUCAACAACUCGGAAAUUAAAACUGGUAAAACACGUAAUAAUUGAUCAUACGAAUAUGAUUUGACUUAGCAACCCUAGUCAAACCCAUUUCUUCCGCCAAUUACACGUAAAUACACCUCUUUAUUUAAUUCAAUUCCUUUUAAAAUCUCAUCUUACACUGCCAUUUGUUUUUUCAGUAAUUUUUGGUUCAUUGACCAGCUUCAGACUUUUAUCCUUUGUCGUGUUUUGAGACUUUCUUUGAAAUUUGAUAAUUCUUUGAGGCUUAAUUCCUUAUUCCUUAUUCCAUAUUCCACGCUUUAUAACAAAAUCUUUCUCCUUUGUCUGGCUUUUUCUCUUUUGUUCUUUCACAUGUGUAUAUACACACAGACAUACACACACUUACAUUUCUAAUAUCAUAUAAUACUUCAACUUUACCUUUUCUCUUCCAAAAAAAAAAACUAUUUCUCUUCAUCAGAUUAUAUUUGAUCAUUCCAGCUUUUCCUCAUCCUCCUCUAUGGCCGUCUCACCUAAUUCAAGCUUCUUAGAAUUAACAAUAGCAAUCCCAAGCUUCUCUCCUUCUCCUUCACUCCCUUCAUCUAGUGAUCACAUGGUGAGAGAUUUGGACAUAAAUCAAACUCCAAAGAUGGAAAAAGAUCGUGAGUGGAUCAUGAUCAGUGCAACACCGCAUGUCAACGACGACGACGGCAACUCUGGUGGCCGACGGCGCAAAAAGCUCCGUCUAACCAAAGAUCAAUCGCAUAUUCUUGAAGAGAGUUUCAUACAAAACCAUACCUUAACCCAUAAACAAAAACAAGAAUUGGCUACUUUUCUGAAGCUUAGUCAAAGGCAAGUUGAGGUGUGGUUUCAAAAUCGAAGAGCAAGGAGUAAGCUCAAGCAUACGGAGAUGGAAUGUGAGUACCUAAAGAGAUUGUUUGGGUCACUGAAAGAGCAAAAUCGACAGCUACAAAAAGAAGUUGAAGAACUGCGAGCUCUUAAGCCCGUAUCGGCCUCGGUUUUAACCAUGUGCCCUCGGUGUGAACGUGUGACCGUUGCAGCAGAUAAUGGCUCUAAUGCCGUGGAGGAGGGAACAGCUCUGAGAAGCCAGUCACGAAUGACAAUUUCCUCUUCCUCUACCCUAUGUUGACUGGCUCGGUCAAAAGUCAAAGAUUGAAACGCCUGUUUAGGUGUAAAAAGUAAAGAUUUGAUGAUGAUUACGAGGAUCUUGUUCAUAAUUCUCUAAUUAUUUAUUACACCAGUGAGCAAAGAAGAAGUUUAUUUAAUAUUAGUUUUAUAGCUUUUCAUGUUUUUUUUGUGUGAAACUUUUUGUGGCAACUUGUUAUUUCAAAGAUUAUUAUAAUUAUUAUAAUUUAAAAUUGAAAAUCCGUGCACUGUGCGAGAAUAUGAAUCUAGUAAUUGUUAAUGAGAAAAAUAACCAAUACAUCUUUCAGAUUUAAAACCACCUGAUAAAGAAGAUAAGAGCAUAAACGCUAAUUUAUGUUAUGAGCCGUGACUUCAUUUUCGUGUGCGUUCGGAUUGAAUACGAUGUUGAGUGUUUUUUCUAUGUCAAUACGACGAAAGUAUAAUACUGAAUGUGAAACUAGAUAUAUACUGAAUGUUGUUAAAAAUAGUCGUUUAUAAGAAAUAAAAGAAAAAUCAAACUAAAUAAUAUAUUGGCAAGUAGCAAAAGAAAAAAAAAUAUACUGUAGACAGAUUGUUAAAACAUCAAUAUAAACGUCAUUGUUAUUUGACUUCCACAAGUCUCAAAUAAGGCUGCUAUUUAUUCUUUGAUGUAAAUAGGUAAUCCGAUUUUUUAAUCUGUAUACCGGUGGAGUCAUUCACCUAAUUCACCUGAUGUUUCAUUCCAAAUAAAAUUUAUUUCUUUAUUUCAUGUGGCAUUGGUCAAUUUUCAGUGUCCUUUAUAAAAUAAAUGUUUUGAUUUUCCACAUUUUGACACUAUCACUAAACCGUUUGUGUUAAGUUUAUCUCAACCCAAAUCUUACACUUAACUAAUUGACGAAUUAAAUUAUAUCAAGUUUCACGAAUUUCUAAUAAAACUUGUAUUACAUGAUGCAUGAUAUACGCCCCUAACCUAGAUGACAAGUCCACUGAGGGCCGUCACUUGUCUGUCAUACAUGAGUUGGACGACCUUUUCAUAUUACAUUUUUAGUCAAUUACUAAAUCAGUAUCAGUAAACUAAAAAAAGAUUUUACUUUUUCUUCUUGAAAAAUCUGAAUGUUAGAGGACGGGCUUUCGGUCCUUCCGCGAAUUGGGUAAAAAAAAAGGUAAAAGCCCAUGAGCGAUAAAACGGUCCACCCCGAAUAGAAGGUUUCAACAUGCAAGCAAAGACGCUGUGAACAGUGAGCACCUACCUCGAUCUAUACACAACAGGUGCAAUGAUGAUCGACGAAACGACUCCAUGACACCACACUUACGAGAUGAGAAAGAUGAAAAAAAGAUCCAUAAAUAGGGCAUUCAAUGAAGGGAGCGAGGACAACUACGGACUAUCUGUUUUAUCAAUCUUUGUAUUUCUUCGGUCAAAGCUUUAACACUUCAAUAAAACGGAAUCUUAGACUCCUAAACCUCUUUCAUUAUUGUUUUAUUAAGUCCUUGAACUACAUUACUGAUUUUAGGAUUCAGAUAUUAAAAAUCCGAAGAUAUAGAGUUUUAAAUUUGGUUACCAAGAAAUUAUAAUAACAAUGUAUAUUGUUUAAAAUAUCUUUUAAGGAUUUUAUUUAUAUAGAUGGCAUCUGCAAUCCGGGUAUCUCUGGAGCAACGUCGUCGAACAGCCGAUUUGGAUUUUCGUGGGCAAUAAAUAAUUUAAUAUUCUUAAAAUUAAGCCCAAUGGGCUAUAUAGUGGCAAACAUGAAAUGGAAUCUUCGCAAUAUUUCCUUAUAAUUACAAACUGCAGAUUGAUCAGCGAAGUUUUUACAUUUUUAUAAAUUGAUAUUUGUUUUUCAUAAUUAGUAUUAUAUAUUUUAGAUAAAUUUUGAUAUAACUAAUUAUAUUCAAAAGAUCUGGACCGAAUCAGAUAAUAUGGUUAUUUUGGUAACAAAUAUCUGAACCCGUUUCAGAUACAUUUGUUAUUUAGAUAUUUUUAGGUUCUUAUAGAUCAUAACUUACUCGACUGAAAGGAGAGGAACACCUCAUCACUUAUGGGUUAAGAUAAUGUGGAAGGACUUAUCUCCGAACUCAUCCAGCUCCAGAAAGACGAAACUCAAAGCUCACACAUAAAUUUAUAAUAUUUAAGCUGAACCUAAUUUUAAAAUAAAAUAAAAUAAAGAUACCCAAAAAAACAAUCCAUGUUUAAAUAGAUAGCCAAUGUUCAUGUUUAACUAAUUUUAUAAAGUAAUAAAAAUGCCAUUUUCCAUGUGUUUGGCUAAAUUAAGUGAAACAUAAAGAUUUUUAUUUAGUAAAAUAAUUAUAUAGAAUGAAAAACUAAGUUACAAUAAAUGUGAUAAUUAUUGUGAUUUAAUUUAUAUUUUAUUCACAAAACAUGUCAUUGGAUAUGUUUUUGACUAAAUAGUUUUCCACUGAUUUAAACUAAAGUAUAAAAAAAGUUUUACUAAAGCAAACUAAACCGAAUAUUUAAUCAUAUGCAAACAAUGUUAUUUUAUAUUUUUGAUUUUAUGAUUGAUACAAAGUUAAUGUUGAUUAACUAAUAAAUAGAAAUAUGUACUAUUACUUUUAUUAUAAUAUAAUUAAUGAUGUGAUGUAUUGUUAAUAUAAUAUAAUUAAUGAAAUUAUUAAACUGAGUAAAAUAUAUAAAGAUAAUUAAUGUAAUUAUAUUAAUGAAAUUAUUAAAAUGACAUUAUAUUUUUUUUACUGAUAUUCAUGUUUCCAAACAAUUUUUAUUUAUACUGUUAUUCAUAUUUUCAAACAGUACCAAUAGGUAUUCCAAUUUUAAUAAUAUAUAUAUAUAUAUAAUUGUCACUGUAAAUUAGGUACAAUGAUACUAUAGUUUAUGGCUGCAAAAAAAAUAGAAUAAACAAACCAGUUUACUCGGGUCUGGUAGACACUACGAAGUGUUAUUGCCUAUUAGCUAUUCUUUUUUUUUUCUUUUGUGAAAAUGCCUAUUAGCUAUUCUUUCAUUUAUUUUAGAAAACAUAUUAUGUAUUUUGAAAACUAUUUUGUUUUCCUGCUGAGAUUUGAGGCAUAAUCCAUGUUUGCUUAAAGAAGUGAUUAACAUCUUUAGUGUGGGCAGGUCGUUCAGGAGAAAACCUGUAGAAUCGCGGGUUUCAGUCGUUGACAUUAUAAACCGUUACAAUCUUAUUUUCACAAAAAAAAUUAUUUGACAUAGUGUUAUAUGUACUAUAGUUUAUAAUGUCAUUCCCCCAAUUCAAGCUAUAUACAUGCUAAAAAAAAAAAUUGUGUUUCGAGUCCUACAAAUAAGAAAACUUGUUACAUAUGCAAUACCCAAAGUUUAUUUCUGAGACAACUCAGCGUGCCAGAGGAAUGUGUGUUCGAAUUACUGAAUUAGGAAGAUUGCCCAUGUGCUUUUACGUGAGUUGAUUAUGGACAAUGGACAUGACGCGUGCAUAUCAAAUGUCCCACCACUUUUUACCAUGCUUUCUGACAAUGUCCAAGUGUACUCGUCUCAUUGGUCAGAGAAUCAAUAUUAUCGUUGAUGCAUUUUCUGGUGAAGAACAAAAAAAAUUGUUAAUUAGAAAAUAGUUAGAUGUGUAAUGUGUUUCCGUGUGUUGAAAAAGGUGUAAUGUGUUGCGGAACUCAUUGACAUAAAUGAUCGUAAAUGUCUGAUUUAGAUUUUCUAAAACUGAAGGCAUGUUGUUAAGCAUAUUGGGAUGGGACUCCUAACCCAUAAUUUUGAAUUUUGUAUCAAAAUUUAUUAUUGCAUAUUUAAUUAAAUUAGAGUAACAAAACAUAUAAACUUUUUUUUAUAACUUUGGUGCGAUCCCAAAGGCUUUCUAGACUCCAUGUUCGGGAACGUGCUAGAUGCUAAUCGGACGGUCGGUUGGGUCUAGCACCUAAAGAGAAAAUCAGAGAUUAAUCGAAAAUUAUGCGGGACGAAAUUUUUAGAUUAUUUACUAUGUUAUAAAACAUGCUAAUCAUUAAUUGUGUAUAACAUUAAUACAUUUUCAUGUUUAAGAUUGUAUAAAACACACAAAUAGAAUAUAUAAACUUAAUAUAGUGUAAUUUUUGUCAAAAUUGUGAAUAUAAAUGAUAUUUAUAAAUUUUUAGAUCAAAUAAAUAAAUAAAAAUAUUAUUAAAAAUAAAAUAAAAAUAAUAAAAUAAUAAAAAAAUAGAUUAG